AUGGCUUCCGCACCUCCCACCCAGUCCAAUCGAUCUCAAUCUGUCAAAAAGUCCAUGCGCCAAAAACGAGGUCGUCGCAAAUCAAGCUUAAUGAAAAAAGCGUCCGACUAUAGCAAGAUGUGCGAUGCAGACGUCUGUGUGGGAAUACGCCUUCGGUAA